UCUGCUUAACUGUGGAAUAUUAGCUUCGUAGUUUGUUUUAUUCUAUCACUGAUGUAUUCCAAUAUUCUUGACCAGCAUUGCAUGGUAGUAGAGAGCAGCAACAUAUUAAUGCCAUGAAAUACAUUCGUCACGUUUAUAUAAAGGGUGACAACAGUUGCUAGCAGUUUAUAAGACAAAUGUUUAGAAGGUAUUCCGUCGUACAAUGAAGUGGAUUCUAAUCGCGUUUAUCUUAUGCUGCUUCAUCUCUAUCCAAACUGCCAGUCGCUUUAAGCCGAAUAAGGCCUGUUUGGUAAGAAAUAAGUACAGACAUGAGCGGACUUGCUCGGGACCUCGACGUAAAUUCUUUGCUUUUCAUCGCAUCAUUCUAAACUGCGUUGCAGUUUACACGAAAUGCAAACGAUUCCAUGCACAUAACGAGUAUCCAACGCUUAAGAAAUGCCAGUGGUCUUGUGGUUGGCAUAUGAAGAUUGUUUUGCCCAUGAAUAACACGAAAGGAUCUGGUUCCGGAUCUGGAUCCGAAAGUGGUUCUGGCGCUGAAGACCCUGGUGGUACUCCCACUGGUGAUGAAGAGACUACAACUGUGGGUGAAGAAACUGAGCCUCCAGAAGAGGCCGCUUGAAGAUCCAUCUUUGUAAUGAAUUAGUUAUCGCAUGAAUAAAACUUCACUUGAAACAUCACA